CCCAUCACUUCAUCGCAGCGACGGCGUGCCAGGAGGCAGACUACGGCUGGAUGAUCCGGCACUACUGCCUGAAGCAGUUCCAGCUCAGCAUGGAGGGCAUCGGGCAGCGGCUCUGGUGUGACUGGGACGAGACUGUGGGCACCUACGGAGAGCUGACGAACUGCACGGCGCUGAUCGCCGAGAGGCUCGACUGCUACUGGCCCAACCGGCUGGUGGACGAGUUCUUCGUGGCCGUCCACAAGCAGUACUUCAGGAACUGCUCCCCCUCCGGCCGGGCGCUACACGACCCCCCCAAUGGCAUCCUCUGCCCCUUCAUCCUGCUGCCCGUCCUCGUCACCCUGCUGAUGACUGCGCUGGUGGUGUGGAGGAGCAAACGCAGCGAGGGCAUCGUGUAG